AUGCCGGCAGUUGAGCGUACUUCACCAGAAUUAUGCACAAGUAAGGAUUUAGUGGAGAAAUAUGUCAGUAACGAAAGCAUGGCAACCAGUAAUUGGGAUCCGACACUUCUCCUAAAUAAACUGUACGAGGUCAGUUAUGAACCGCGCAAGGAGUCAAAGCUUAAUCGUUUCACUAAUAUGGAAGGACAUCUUGAAGUUCCCGUAGAUGACGAAAGCAUAUACGCUGAAUUGCAAAAAAAUUGGGUGCAAAAAUAUUUUCGAACUAGAGAUGGGCGCUUGCAGUGGUUUGCUUCACAUUUCGCAGAUGAUACUCCAGUAGGGGAAGUGCUGCUUUCUGGCUGUGAAGUAGAUGCCAACAGGGAUGAAAAUGCACUUUAUAUACACGGCGGGAAGAGUCAUAUCAGAAUGGUGUUGAGAAUUCCGCCAGGAGCCAAUGUAUUUGAUAAAUGGAGGAAGGCUAUGAACAGUCAUGCGGCUUCAUCGUAUCUUGAUACAUUCGUUAAUCCUGUUUAUCCUCCACUGCCUCAUAUCACCAAGAAAGUCGCUAUUAUUGAGCUUGGAUCGUGCUCAAUGCGUGCUGGUGUAUUAACAAUGGAACCUUCACUACCACAGUCAUUUUUUCCAACAAUAGUCCUUGUUAAAGAUGAUGGUAAAUUCAUUGUUGGUUGUGAUGCACUGCUACCUGAGAAUCGUCGUAAGGGUGAAUUGAUAAGACCACUGCGCGCAACGGAUAUUUCACUGGAUCGGUAUGUUUUUCACCGACCAGCUUUGAAAGCUUGCUUGCAGAAAUGUGUUGAUGAUUUGAAAGUCGAUCCGACUAAGUAUCGGGUUUUGCUUUCAAUUCCGCAAAAUAUUCCUACUGCUCUCAUUGCGGAUUUGUUGAAAUUUGUUUUAGAGGAAAUGUGUUUCCAGGGUGCAGCGAUAUCGCGUCAGCCAAGCCUUGUACUGUAUGCCUACGAUGUUGCUACUGGUGUCGUCGUUGAUAUCGGCGAUUGUGUCAAUAUUGUCCCAGUAAUCGAUGGUUAUGUUGUCGAUAAUGCGAUUAUAUCAUUACCGUGUGGCGCGACUCAAAUUAUUAAUGCUUUACAAGCAAAACUUAUAGAAUCGAACGGCAGUUACACUUUUCAAUCAUCAAUUGAAAUGCUCAUUUCGCGAUUUGUUAUGGAGCAGGCAUGUUUCGUUGCUACUGACUAUGAUGAAGAAGUUAAAAAAUGUUCGAAUAACAUUUGCGACAUAGAUGCAGUCAUUUCGAUUGAACAGUUCGAACCAACUAGUGAAAUGAUGUCUUCAUUCAAAAUAAAUUCUGCUCGCUUCACUACAACUGAAGGUUUAUUUAAACCAAAAAGGUGGGGUCUUGAUACAAAAGCGCUUCAUCAGCUAGUAUUUGAAGCUGUGCAGUUAUCACCUAUUGAUAGUAGGAAAACAUUGUUCAGGAAUAUUUACUUGGCUGGUGGCGUCUCUCUACUUCCUGGUUUAGCUGAAAGAUUGGAAAUAGAAGUAGCAUCACUCGUGGCACCAAUUAUACACACCCAGGUCCAUCUAUCACCGUGGAGGUACAACGCAGCGUACCUAGGCGCACAAGUAAUUGCUUCAGGUACCCAGUUUGAUCAGACUUGUAUUACACUUGGAAUCCUCAGUGAUUUUCUCCAUCAGCUGCAAAAUUCCACCUUUUAA